GAAGUAACUACACUGAAUUUACAAUCCAGCUACUUCCGGUAUCGCUGUGUUGGGUGGGACAGCGGAAGCGGCAUUUUUCAGUGCUGUGACAACAGAUUUCCUUCUAAAACCAGACAACAUAUUAAAAAAUGCCGGCUUAUCAUUCCAGUCUGUUGGACUCCGAUGCCAAAUUGGUGGGAAAUAUGGCACUGUUGCCCCUCAGGACACAGUUUAAAGGCCCUGCUCCAAAAGAAACUAAAGACACAGACAUCAUCGAUGAGGCCAUUUACUACUUUAAAGCCAACGUGUUCUUCAAGAAUUAUGAAAUUAAGAACGAGGCAGACCGGACGUUGAUCUACGUCACUCUGUACAUCUCUGAAUGCCUCAAGAAGCUGCAGAAGUGUAGCUCAAAAAACCAAGGAGAGAAGGAGAUGUACACGCUGGGAAUCACCAACUUCCCCAUCCCAGGAGAGCCGGGAUUCCCUCUCAACGCCAUGUACCUUAAGCCUACCAGCAAACAGGAAGAAGAAAAUAUGAGGGCUUACCUGCAGCAGAUUCGUCAGGAAACAGGCGUGAGACUGUGUGACAAAGUGUUCGACCCACAGACAGACAAGCCAAGCAAGUGGUGGAUGUGCUUUGUAAAGAGACAGUUUAUGAACAAGAGUCUGUCUGCUCCUGGUCAGUAAGAGGCAUCCAUGUGGAACGUGGGGUCAAGAUAUUAUUACAGUUUUGGUUGUUCUCCCCUUUUUUUGUGGUUUAUUUCCAUUGGAUACCAGAUUUAAGAUUAAUUUUAUACUGCCCAUUUGCUUUCCUGCCAUCAUAUGUACAACACAAGGCAAUCAAAUAAAAGCUGAAAAAUGAAAAACGGUUUAUUCUGUAUAGGAAGGCUUUUGAUGCUUUUGACUUGGGAUAAAGGGUGACUCUGGUUGUUGAUGUUAUUCCUUAGCUAUAAAUGUUGAAUUUUUUCCAUUUGGGAAAACUUAAUGCUCCUGAGGAGAAUCAAAUCUGAGAACGAGAACCACGAAUGUUUCUCACAUAUUUAAAAAAAAAAAAAAAAAAAGGUGAUGAGAGAAGACGCACAAUAAACUUUUAGACUUAAGACGAAAUGCUUUUAAUGAGCGAUAAGAAAGUAAAUUAGGAGAAACGGACAAAAGAUUUAAAAACUAAUAUUAUGGCUGACCGCUUUAAAGUUACACACUGUAUAGCCACGAAUGAAAAGAACUCAAGUGGAGGCAAAACACAAACAUGGCUAUAAUACAGGAUAUUUACAGUCACAGAAUAUUUUAUACACAAAAAUAUUCUCUUUCAUGAAUUAUUCUUUUUGGUUUGUCGAGACAAACAGGAUCGAUUCCGACAGACCUGGCAUCACUGAAUUCAAUUCGCUCCUGUACAGGAGGAUAUAUUAAGGCAGCAGGGAGCACACUGACUCCUUAGGGAGAGACAUUUCUGGUAUGAGGCUCUCUACAGCUAGAGUGAGUGUGAAACUGAGAAAAUUGCAUAAGUGACUUUGCACAUAGUUGAUGGCUCAGAGGCAGGAGAAGGGGAAAACAAGCAAAAAAAAAAAAAAAAAACAUGCAUUACACUUCAUCAUUAUCCAGACAAUAAAUAAGUCUCACUCUCUCACAUACACACGUACACAAACACAUGAUAUACUUCUAACCACACAUUCAGAGAAGAUUCAGCUGUUACAAUAUUUCCAUUUCCUUGUGAGUGAAACUUCGGCUCAGAGUGAUGGAUCUCUGAUCACUUGUAUUUCAAGCUCUCCUGUCUGUGGGAAAGAGGAAAAGUAAUUUGAUUAGUAAUUAGCGAUUACAUCCGUGACAAAUUAUAGCAUGUCAAGCCACAUGUACGAAAAAGAGGAGUGAAUAUUGUACCCAUUACUGAAUUCACAUUUUACACACAGUAUUUCUUUUCCCAUUAUCAUUAUAGCAGCAAAGCACUGCUCUAUAUCUAUGCUACAUAAUUAUUUUGUAAAACAUUUAACCAGUAAUUGUGAUGGAAGUUUAAAGCAAACAACUGGUGUUUUUUUUUGUUUUUUUUUACAAUUUAAGAAUCAAUACAUCAGUCAUUAAGGAUAAACCUGAUUCAUAUAGCUAUCUUGUGCAUGUUUUUGGAUGUUUGGUGGGAAAUAUGUGCUUGUUUUCUGCAUCCGGAAUGAAUAGAUGUAAUUUUAAUUCUACUUUUAAAUAUCAGCAACCUUGCUUAUCAAAUUCCAGGGUUGUUGCAGAUCCUUAAAGUCUUAAUUUUUUUUUUUUUUAAUUUAAGGUUGUAUAAAAAAAUAAAAUAAAUCUGACCACUCA